GCAUACAUUUAAUCCUAACCCUAAUUCAUUUCUCAAUUUUCAUUUUCACCUUCCUCGGCUUUCCCUCUCCUUCUAUUAUGCGACUCUACCAUCUGAAUGCCCUCCAUUCCAUUGACACCCUUCUAUGAUUCUACCCUUGCCCUUCCCAGUGCUCACCUUCUGUCGCCCCUUAUUUUCUCCUUUGCAUUGACCGGACCAUCUCAAAUCCCAUUCCCUCCAUUGCACUGCUGGUCUGCUGCUGCCGAAGCCAUCAACUUGUUGACGGGGGGCAAAAUCUGCUCCUUGUCAAAAAUUCCCAUGGGGAUCCCCAUGCCUGCCAUUCGUGGGAAUGGGGAUAGGGGGGACUCCCCGACCUCGCAAGGCCCCGUUGACAUCCCUAGGUGUAGUUGAAAAGAAAGUAGUUUAGAUGUGUACAAAAACUAAUAUAAACACACUCAAACCAAUAUUCAAACCAAGAAAAAUAUAAUAUAAAGAAAAGAUUUAUAUAUUUUUCUCCAUUCAACUUUACUAGCGUACAAGUUAUAUAAGGGUGUUUGAAAUUUGUUGUUACAAUUGCUAUUUCAAAAAUACAGUGAAUUAUGUUAUUGUAAUUUUACCUCUAUAUAUUGAAAUUAGAAGUGUAAUGAUAUAAGUCUUAUUCCCUUGAAAUUUUUGCAGAUUCCAAACAAGACGGACAUUUGGGUUAGCUUUUGGGAGGUUUGAUUCCAUGAAAAUGUUUCAAUUUUAUACGAAUAACUUUUGUUGACCAGCAAGAGAUUGAAAAGGAAUUUAAUGUAAUCUUUAAUAAGGUUGACUUUGUUCU